UUGCUGACCCUGCAUCCGGUCAUGUGAAUGCGUGGAAGCUUUCCAUUCGUCCGGAAAUUUUGCAGACUCCGUUGCUGGGUAACGAAACAGCGCUGCAUUUCGGGACAUGUAGGUUAAAGUCAGCUGUUUUCGCCUUUUUCACAAUUGAAGUAAAACUACGUAUCCCAUAAUGCCAGUCUUUCGCUGCUGAACACGUGACUCACGGUUGUCGGCAGAGCUACAACAACAGACAUUUUUGAGCCGUGUUGACGGUGUAUUUCUCAGAUUUUUAUUUUUUGUGUGUGUGUGUGUGUUUAAAAUGAAGCUGCAGUUUAGUUUAGUCGUUGUGUUGUAUGUUGCUGUGAGUGUAAUGGCUGGGAAGUACUCUCGGGACGUGAACGAGCCGAAGCAGAGCGACGAGCAGACGGUGGAGUUUAGGAUCGCGAAACUCAACCAGGUGUGGGAGAAAGCGCUCAGGAUGCAGCUGUCUCCGGUGCGUCAGGCUGAGCUGCAUGACCUGAAGAUUCAGGAAAAAGAUGAGCUGCAGUGGAAGAAGUUUAAAGUCGAGGGCCUGGACGAAAACGGGGAGAAAGAGGCCCAACUCCGCCGCAACUUCAACGUGAUCCUGGCUAAAUAUGGGAUGGAUGGAAAAGGGGAUACGCGGCCACUGGAAAGCAACUACCUCAAGGACCACGACACUAAAGAGGAAGACGCGUUCAAUGAUCCCAGAUUGGACAAACUCUGGAACAAGGCCAAAACAUCAGGAAAGUUCUCCAGUGAGGAACUGCUGAGCCUGAAGCAAGAGUUCCAACACCAUAAGGACAAGAUCCACGAGUACAACAUUCUGAUGGACACCGUCAGCAGGACUGAAGAGAUCCAUAAGAACGUGAUUUCUCCCCUGGAGGGGGACACCAAAGAACACGAGCUGCCCCAGAAGCACACGGAGCUGAAGCAGAAAAUGAGAGACCUGAACCAGGGCUUCGAGCGCCUCCGCAAGAUCAGCCACGAGGGCUUCACUGAAGGCAGCGAGUUUCGGGAGCCUCGUGUGAUUGACCUGUGGGAGUCUGCAAAGAGAGCAAACCUCAGCGAAGAAGAGCUGGAAUCUCUGAAGGAGGAGCUGCGUCACUUUGAGACAAAGGUGGAGAAGCACAGCCACUAUCAGGAGCAGCUGGCGCUGUCGCACCAGAAGCUCCAACACGUGGAGGCUCUUGGAGAUAAGGAGCACAUCAAGAGGAACCAAGAAAAGUACAACACACUCCCGAGAAGAACCAGACAGAUGGGCUACAAGAUGAAGAAACACUUGCAGGAUUUGACCAACAAGAUCUCUCGUCAAGGACUCCCUCACAAUGAGCUCUGAGACCUCUGGCCGCAAAAGUGGACCCGUGUGGGACCUCCCUAAAGUACGCCGCGUUCUCAACUCAUGACCUUCCACCAGAUGUCAGAUUACUGUUCUGUCACUGUGCAAAUGUUUUAAUGCCCCAAAAUAACAAUGACGCUGCUAAAAUAUGAGACCAAUUUUUAUCUUCAAAAACAUGAAAUUUCUUCACAUCAGCCUCCUACAACUUACAGGAACUUUGAUGACUGGUAACUCUGUCAGACAGCACAAGUACAAAAAAGCAACUUAAAGGGGUCAUUAUGUUACGAACUUCAUGAAAACUAAAACUUGUUCCCAAAAAUUCCUCAUAUUCAGCGCUCUGACAGGCGGCAUGUUGGCUGCAGGUACGAGUCGCUGUCACACAACUCUAAAAUAGAAUCUUAAACACUACGACCCUUUUACCAGGGAAGAAAUUAAGAAAUAUUUAAUUAUCUGUUGAUCCACUGAAGAUAAAAACAUGAGGGGGCAUAAACAUUUUGCACAGUAUUUUGAAUCCACUUCAGGAGAAAUUCCUGCCACAUUUAGAAUCCUAAAUUAAUAAUGUGAUCAAACAUAAGGAUGAAUGCGACUCAGUUGGUGGUUUGAUGUUUUUAUAUUAAUUUUGUCUGAGAAAGUGGAAAGAUGGCAGACGUCAGUUUUGUGGGGGCGACUGAGAUUACAUGGUUCUGGACCAAGUGUGUGGUGUUUUGUUGGACUCUUGGCUCCUUUUUGAGUUGGACGGCUGUCCGUCUGUCAGUCAGAUGACCGUUACCGUCUUUAUGUAAGCAUCACAUGACGCUGGAGACGAGGAAAUGUCUGAGGUCUUUAAUACAUGAAGGUCACAGCAGAGCUUUAAAAAAUAUGCUUGGCAUGAAAAAAAAUAGUUUCUAUUUACAGAUCCUGUAGAAAACAAACACUUGUUCUGAUGGAGUUUCUGAUCCUCAGACACGCUGCAGGAGAAACCUAAACAAUAAAUCGGUGCCAAAUAUUAGAUGAUUUGUCCUGCUGGUAGCGAGGAGGAGGUGAGACGUGUUUUCUGUUCAUCAGGUCGUGGAGCUCACACAUGAAGUACUGUGUGUCUCAGUUCCUGUAUGUUUGGAUUAAAGACGACUGCGGCCGUAAAUCCAAGAAGGUUGAGUCGGGUCAAAUGCACUUGAGUUCCUUUGAAAAGUUUCGCUCUACAUCCAGCAGCGCUUCAGCCCAACACGCUCCCUUCACCCUCUGCUAAAGCUUCUCACUCAUCCAGCUGGAACUGAUGAAGCGUCUUCAAGGAUCUCGAGAAGUCCAGCUGAUCUGACUCAGUCUACUUGGAUACCCUGACUGAGAAAACAUGUAGUCCAUAAGCCAGUCAUCAGUCAUUUGACCUAAUCGGUACCACUUAAAGCAGCGGUCUCCAAACUAUUCCAGAAAGGGCCGAGGAGGGUGCAGGUUUCUUUUGCAGCCACUGACUCCAGCAGGGCCAUGGCCUAC